AUGGACAUCGCCUACGACCACAUCCAAGAGUCAGCGUUCCCCGCCACCACGGCGGAAGACCGCACGAUCUCACCCUCCGGCAGCAACGACAGCAGCGACAACGCCAGAAAAUCGGCGACGCAGCCCAAAUCCCUUAACGAAGACCUCCAGGAUGCCUACCGGGCCUUCUCGUCCAGCCCAUGGGGCGCCCGCAUCGGCGGGUUCCUAGGCAGCGUAGUGAAGCAGGGCGAAGCAGUCUACCGCGAGGCGACGCAGGAGCUAUCGGCAGUUAAGGACGAUGCGACGCAGGGUUUGAGCAGCCUGCGACAGACCAUCAUUAAUCGUACGCGUGGGCUGUCGCUGAGCACAGCGAACCCGUUCGUUUCUACCUCCUCAUCGAACAAUGAUCAAACCUCCCGCGAAGCCGGUUCCGAUGAUAAGACUCCCACAGAUGAGACCAGCAAACAAGCCGGAACAUCUUCCUCGUCGCAAGAGGCAGGGUCCUCCCAAGCAACAAGCGUCCUCUCUCGCUUACGUGACGAAGCUUCAAAGCGCCUGCGCGAUCUGCAGCGCGCCGAGGAUGCUGCCGACGAGGCACUGCUGCGCUUCGGGUCCAACCUGCGUGACUUCUUACGCGAUGCAAUCCAGAUUGCGCCGCCGCCAAGCGACGAGGAGCUCUCGUCGGGUAGCAACAGCCCAACUACGCGAGGCCCGGGCACCGUGCUGUUCGAAAGCAAGGAUGCGCAGGGCAAACGGGUGAUUCAUACAUCGCGGUUUGAUGCGCAGCUGCAUGUGAUCCAUACGACUAAGGAGAGUUUCAUGCCGGAUGGCAGCGCGAGCGGACCGGAGUUUGAAGAAUGGGCCAAGGGAUUUGAUAUUGACAAGAAGACUGAGGAUAUCGCGGCUGAUCUGGCUAAGUAUCCGGAGCUGCGGGCGACUAUGGAGGCGCUGGUACCGGACAAGGUGCCAUACGCUGAUUUCUGGAAGAGGUACUAUUUCUUGCGCCACGGUAUCGAGACGGCUGAGGCGCGCAGGAGGGAUCUCCUGAGAGCUGCCUCUCACGAGGAAGAAAUCGGCUGGGACGAGGACUCUGAGGACGAAGAGGAAGAGGAGUCCGAGACUGAGACCGAAUCCGGGUCCGAAUCCGGGUCAGAAAGCGAGGAUGACAAAAAGGCCAGCGCUGGCGCCGGUGUCAAGAAACGGGCCGGCUCGGUCACGUCAUCGACCACGAUCCAGCCUUCGGCCAAGACGGCUGAGCCGCGCAAAUCUAAUGAUGAGAAGUCGACGACGGGCAGCGAGGCGAGCUAUGAUGUGGUUGGCGCGGCGUCGGGCGUACCCAGCCAGGCGCCGAACAGCCCCAAGGAGUCGCGGAAGGUGGACGAUUCAAGCAGUGAGGAGGACUGGGAGUGA